CUGACUUCUUCCACUCAACGCCAUCACGCUUCAUCAUGUCGACUGCCACUCGCACAGCAGCCGCUGCUGCUCAACCGCCGCCGGCGCCAGCAGCGCCCGCAGCCAAGCCUGCUUCGUCAGAACUUGACGCUGCUGCGCUCUCCUUUUCACUCAGCUCUGGCCCGCCCUCUUCGAUUCGCCUCGAUGGAUUGGCAUUCACCAAGCUCGUCAAGCACUCACGCGAUGCUCAUCCCCACAAUGCUACCGGCUUGCUCCUCGGUCUCGACCUUGAUGGAGCGCUCGAGGUCACCAACCUGUUUGGCCUCCCUCGCAACGCCCUCCGCACCGAUGACCACGACGACAGCCGCACGCCCGCUGCUGCUACCUCGCAGACGCCCUCGCCGGUCACGAAGCACAUCCAGGACGCCCUCGGCCUCCUUGCGUCAGUCAACGCCGACGCCAACCCCGUCGGCAUCUACGUCUCCUCCUUCCUCGGCUUCGGCGCUGCCUUCACUGCACAGGUCCUCGAGGGCCUCAAGGUCGUAGGCAAUCUUAUGGACAACGAGGGCUCCUCACCCGCAUCUCGCUCAAAGAAUACGGCGAGCGGUGACGGCAUGGAAAAGGCAGUCGUCCUCGUCCACGACCUUGCUCAGUCAGCGCAGGGCAACACAGUCGUCAAGGCAUACCGCCUCAGCUCCGACUUCGUGGCAGCGUACAAGGCAAACGACUUUUCUGCAAAGGGACUCAUCGACCACCGCCUUACCUUUGCUCACUUCUUCCACGAGCUGCCCCUCUCUCUGCAUAACACGGCCCUCCUCGACGCCUUCAUCUCGACGCUCGCAACCCCGCAAGCACCGCAGGCCUCGAUCCUUCCCUCCUCUUCCUCCCUCUCCUCUUCUUCCUCCUCUCUCCUCUCUCAACCCCCUCGCGCGGCAAUCGAGUCGACCUACUCGAACCUGACACUCGCACACACUCCCGUCCUCUCCUCGGCUCUCGAACAGACCCUCGAGCACGUCGACGACUACCUCUCCGAGGCAGGCAACAUCGGCUUCCAGUCGCGCCAGCUUGCAAGGGAACGCACCCGCCUCGAGGCCUCUAUCGCUCGUCGUAAGGCAGACAAUGCCAGUCGCGCAGCGCAGGGCCUCGCCCCGCUGCCUGUUGCGGCCGGCUCGGUUGCUGAGGACGAGAAGAGGCUGGAGAAGCUGCAGAAGAGCGAGCCCUCGAGACUGGAAACGACACUUAUGCUGGGAGCGCUGGAUGCAAAGGCGAGGAGGACGGCAGAGGAGAGCGCGGCGGCUGCUGUCAGGCUCGAGGGGGCAAAGGCGGGAACCGUCUAGACAAGCGUUGGAUUGAGCGGUGGAAUCUCUUCACUACCACGAGCAAUGUCUGCUAGCAUAGCCACUGAUUCAGCUCUUCUUGUAAUGGUAUAGUUUGCGCGAUAG